GAAAGGCGGCUGCCAGCCAUGGCUGAGGCGAAAGCUUGGGACCCGGCGUCCGAGCCAAACGCUGCGGGGCUACUGCUGGGACAUUUCGUAGCUUCGGGCUUGGUUACUCAGGGGCAGCGUUGGACAUAAUAUAUCCUCAUAUUUUAGACACGUGGCCAUGCUAUUCCAACACACACACAAACUCUGACGUAUUGCUGCUUUCUCUGUUCACUUACCAAUAGGAGAUGUUAAAUAUAUCUAAGAAAUCAACUUCUUGCUUUGUGAACUUCUCCAGACUACAGCAGAUCACAGAUAUUCAAGCUGAAAUCUACCAGAAAAACCUGGAAAUUGAACUCCUAAGACUAGAAAAAGAUGCAGCAGAUGUUGUCCAUCCUUCCUUUUUGGCACAGAAGUGUCAUACUCUGCAAAGCAUGAAUAAUCAUUUGGAAGCGGUGCUAAAAGAAAAACGGUCCCUCAGGCAAAGACUGUUGAAACCCAUGUGCCAAGAAAACUUGCCUAUUGAAGCUGUUUAUCACAGAUACAUGGUGCAUUUACUGGAGUUGGCAGUAACUUUCAUUGAGAGAUUAGAAGAUCAUCUUGAAAUAAUUAGAAAUAUCCCUCAUUUAGAUGAAAAUCUGAAGAAAAUGAGCACAGCCUUAGCAGAGAUGGAUAUUUUGGUGGCUGAGACAGCAGAACUGGCAGAGAAUAUACUCAAGUGGCGAGAACAACAGAAGGAAAUUUCCUCUUGUAUCCCCAGAAUAUUAGCUGAAGAAAAUUUUCUUCAUAAAUAUGAUGUUACAGUGCCUCCUUAACCUUUUAUUUCUAAAAUUAAUGUUCAAACUAUUAAUGAAAAGUAAUUAUCAACUUUUUAUUUUUGUUUAAUUAUAUGUAGUCAUGUGAAAUCCAUUUCUAGUCAAUUAUAACAUGGGUAUUUAUAGACUUUGCCACUAGCAAUACUGAAAGAGCCCUCUUUAUAUUGAAAUACUGAGAUUCCAAGUUCAUUAAGACAAAACUGAAUUUUCCUUUGUUUUUCAUGUAUUUUCAUUCCACUUUUCAAUAAAACUCAAAUACAACUAUAAUUAACGUGAAUGCAUUAACCAUAUCUUAGGCAGCAGACUUUAUUAUGUUGUUUUUUUAAAAAAUGCUUGUUUCCGGGUUAGAAGAGUCUUGAAUCUGAAAGUGUGUUGCUUAUUCCUGUGAGAUUGUCGCUAAGUAUGCAAAAAACAGCAAAAUAGCAGACCUGACCACUAUGCUUUGAAAGGCCUGCUUGUAAGGUUGGUCCUUGGCUGGCAUCUGGGAACUUAGAUUUCUAGGGUUCCCUCCACUCUCACUGAUAAGAGUUGCUUGCUGUGACUAAGGCGUUUGUACAGUGUGGUUUGUGCUGAACACCAGCUUUCUUCCUGGGAGUCUAGAAUUUUGGUAUAUGCUAGGCAGAAGGUACCUAUGUGACUAUCCCGCAAUAAUAACCCUGGCACUGCAUCUUUAAUGAGCUUUUGUGGUAGACAGCAUUUCACACA